GAAGAGGAGCUGCGGCAGAGCGGCGAGGCCAAGUACCACCACCUGAACGAGGACCUGCACGUCCUCAUCGAGGUGUUUGCUCCGCCGGCUGAAGCCUAUGCACGGAUGGGUCACGCUCUGGAGGAGAUCAAGAAAUUUCUCAUCCCAGACUACAACGAUGAGAUCAGGCAGGCGCAGCUGCAGGAGCUCACGUACCUGAACGGGGGCUCCGAGGACGCCAAGGUGCCGUCGGUCAGGGGAAAGUCGGCUGCACGCGGUAGAGGGACGCCUGCUCCAGGGCCCCCCAGGACUCGUGGAGGAGUUCCUCCUCUCCACGGAGCUGUGCCUCGAGGAGCAGCCCCCAGAGGAGCCCCCCCCAGCAGGGCUCCAUCCUCCAGAGCGAGAGGGGUCCAGAGAGCCAGAGGCGCCCUGCCCGCAGCCGGCUACAGGCCAGCGCCCCCCAUAGUGCAGGAGACAUACGGUGAAUAUGAAUACGACGACGGCUACGGAACCGCCUACGAUGACCAGGGAUACGAGUCGUAUGACAACAACUACAGUAAUCAAGGACAAAACUCAGAUGACUACUAUGAAUACGGGCCCAGCGGGGAGUCGUAUGAUUCGUACGGUCAGGAAGAGUGGGCAAAUUCUCGCAGCAAGGCCCCAUCAGCAAGAACAACCAAGGGAGUCUACAGAGACCAGCCGUACUCCAGAUAUUGAACUGUUUAUACGAGCUGCACCUGAGCCCCCUCCCCCCUCAAGUAAUGGAUUUUUUUUAUGGACGUUCCCACCUUUUUAGAAUUAAAAUGAAAAUAACUUAGUAAAAAAAUGAUUUUAAUAAUGGAAUCCCUCUGAAUAAUGAAAUACAUCAAACCCUCACUUCCACAAAAAUACCCCCUCCCCCCUCCAGGAGAUGUGACUGGAUCGGAAGAAUAAGAAAGAAAAGCCCACAGUAGGUUAAGUUUCCUCUCAGCUCUGUGAUUGUGCAGAAUGUUUCACGGCUAGCAUCAGUGAGCUGAUGAAGGGAGGUGUCUGCGCAGCAGAGCUCUUCCUCCUCUGUUCCUUAGACCUCUGAAAUGUAGUAGCUUAGCUUAGGACAGUGCGGUUCUGUAGAAGCUCUCUGCAGAACGGUACUUCAGUAACUGGUGAAACUUGUGUCCCCUGUAAAUGAGACAAUUGCAAACUGGAAAAGAGAAACCCGUCUGUCUGUACACAUAUUGUAUUGCUGUAUCCUCCUUUUGUAAAAUAGUAGUCUGUUAAGGGGCUUAUAAAAGCAUGGUGUGAAACUGUGGAUAUUGACAAAUGUUUUCUUCUAAGCAGCCUGUUGUAGUUGUGUCCAUCCAUCCUGCCCCAAACAUCCAGCCGUGUAGAAGUGCUGCUCCUCCUGAGAGCUGCGGUGCAGUCUGAGCCCUUCAUGUCUGUGCUUUCAUUCCUUAGAUUGUCUAAAUAAGUACUUUAAUGUUAUUCUGUUUUCCAAACUUUUAAAUAGCACACCUUUCUAACUUUUGAGAGUCUAAUAUUCCUUUUUAAGACCCUAAACAUCCGUCCGUCUGUGGAUUAGUUCAGCUUUCAGCUUAUGUAAGCCCUUUAAUAUUUUCUUCUUUGUUGAUGCUGAAUAAACAUUUUUCAAACAAA